ACCAUGACAACGACAUUUUCAGCAUCACUCGCAGACAAACAACCGUGGGUCUGAGUGUAGAGGCGCUUUGGCUGUGAAACUGUGUGAGCAGCAACACGGUGGGUGUCCGGGGCUGACAGGACCGUCAGGGACCGUCAGGGACCGGGAGCCCGGCCCGGAGGCAGACAGGUGUCCGCGGCUUGAAUCAAGCCAACAUGGCCGCUCUGCUGCUGCUGCUGCUGCUCGCCUCUGCUGGCCUCAUUCUCGGCCGCUCCUCGCAGAUUUCAGACCUGAAGUCCAAACUGUCCGGAGUGGAGGAGCUCCUGGAGGACUUCAGACAGCAGCUGCAGCAGGACCAGGCGCUCCGGCAGGCCGAGGUGACGGACGCCUGCGUGGGCGACUUCAGCUCCGUGGGGGAGCGCAUCAUCCGGACGAAGGCCUCCAUCGAGCAGGGGGCCACCUUCCUGCUGGCCCCGGACAGGGUGUACACCUGGAGGGACUGUGUGCACGCGUGCUGCGCACAGCCCCACUGCACGGUGGCGGUGGUGCAGGAGGAGCAGCGGCGGGCCGGAGACAGCCUGAGCUGUUACCUGUUCAGCUGCACCUACAGGAGGAGAAACAUCUGCUCGUUCGCUCCACAGGAGGGCUUCAGCACCUACAGCCGGACCAACAGCUCCCACACACACCUGUCCGCCUCAGGAAACACCUGGACGCCUGAGCACUCUGAGGAGGACGACUCACAAGACGUGGAUGAGCCUCCUCGCAGCGACGCUGGACAGGAUGUGGUGAUCCAGCUGCCCACGGACUGGGCGGUCCUGGACGGGAGAGACAGCGUGGACGACCAUGGGAUCACCCACUACGAGUGGACUCUUGUUAAGGGAGACACAGCCAUCAGCAUGAAGGCAACCCAUGUGGGGCUGCUGAAGGUCAGUGGUCUCCAGGAGGGGGUCUACACCUUCCAGAUGACGGUCACCGACACGGCAGGACAGAAGAGCUCGGACAACGUCUCCGUCACUGUUCUGGUGCCAAAGCACCAAGCAGAAGUGUGCACUGGUGACUGCUCCAACUAUCAGUUCAAGUGUGACGAUGGCUGCUGUAUCGACAUCUCCUACGCCUGCGACGGGAGGCAGCACUGUCCGGACCGCUCGGAUGAAGAGUUUUGCACAAACUUUGAUAGCAGCAGGAAGUCAGUGAUCCACCCUGUGGACCUGCCCAGCCCUCAGAGGCCUGCAGUUCAGACAGAGCAGGAUGCCCCCGUUGUCCCAACUGGAUUCAGAAAGACUGUCAUCUCCACAGUGGACAGGAGCCAGGCUGCUCCUCCUCCAGGUCCCAGAGAUCAGGAGGCUUCUGUUGGCCAAGAUCCGUGUGCUGCAGCUCCGCUGGUCGGCCCGUGUAAAGGCACUUUCCCACGGUGGUACUACGACCAAAAGACCGGAGAAUGCAAACACUUCCUGUAUGGCGGCUGCCAGGGAAACCACAACAACUUCCUGCAGGAGUCUGACUGCAUCAGUGAAUGUAUCCAGAAAAGUCCAGCAAGUGCUGCAGUUCCAGCCACCAAACAGACUGAGACAGCCGCCCCAAAAGUCUCCAAAAGCCAAGCAGACCAUGAGACCCCCAUCUCCAAACUAUUUUCAGUUAUGGGGGGACAUCCAGAACCAGAGUCAGGAGCGAUUCUUCCUCUGGUCCUGGGCGUUCUCAUCACAGCUCUGCUGCUGCUCAUGAUCGGCUGUCGGCUGCGACUCGUUCGUCACAAACUGAAGAAAGCUCGACCCCUCACAACGGAGGAGUCGGAUUACCUCAUCAACGGCAUGUACCUGUAGGCCAACAGGUGUGUGUGGAGAAACCACACACCUGUUUGAUCUGGGUGCAUCAAAGCAGAACUUCCUGCUCAGCGUGUUGGAUUAGCUUCAUGUCCUGAACAGAUCAUCUGAACGCUUCAGAUUUACUAAGAUAUAUUUAAGUGUUUGAGUAGAAAUAUUUAUUUUGUUUGAGAAAAUCUGACUGUGAAUAACUGAUCUGAGUUUUAUUUUCUUGUUAGAUUAAAACAAAUCCUAUCCUACGGUCCCUAUCAUCAUCAUUUAGUUAUUUUUGACAAAUAAAUGCUCAAAAUGCUGUUUCAUCCCACAUCUGCUAAAACAAUUUCUUUCUUUCAAAACAUUUGGUCUCAUGCAUGAACUGUUCGUACACAGAUCUGUUUUUAAGUUGUGCGUACGAGUGAUUUAGGACUUAUCACCAAUGUUUUCAUUUUCUAAGAUUUUCUUCAGACACAAAAUUAACGAGUGGUCCAGACCUGUCGUAUAUUUAUUUACCUGCUGUUAUCAGACUGAUUUUAUUCAUUAAUAACUUUAUAUUUCAUUAGUUUGAAGACAUUUAGUUGAAAAUAAAUCACACUAUAAUUAUGUUGACAGGAGGUUAUACUCUUGCUUGAGGCUCAAUGUUUCUCAAAGUGUCAUAAUGUUAAUUUGCCACUUAAACUCUUACAAAUUGUUUCAUUCAGAGCUGAUCAAAAUGUUUUGAACAAUCAUGGCUGUUUAUUAGUUUCUCUAAAAAAAGCUUAGUUUACUGUGAAGGCKGUUUAAAUUUCUGCCUGUAGGACUGAAGCUGCAACCUGCUCACAACAAGAAGACAAAGAAAAAAUCAGAAGCAUCUCUUUAUUGUUGUUUCAGAGUUUGUGAAAGCCAAAUAUCAUCAAGAUGACAAAAAUAAAAAGUGGAGCUUUUUUCCCGAGGAAACAAACA